AUGGUGAUUAGACCUCCGAUCGAAACAUGGAGUCGAGUCGAAUUGGAGGAACAGUUCCACAAUGCUUAUCAACAACUACAAACUGCACAGAAGACGAUCAACGAGCAAAACAAGAAAAUAACCGUGUUGAACACGAGACUUCGACGAUCGGUAAUGGAACGAAAAGCGAAAGAAGACGCUUAUGUGGAGAAAGAAAAAUUCGAUGAAUUAGAGCGUGAAAAUCAACUCCUUGCACUGAAGGCCUGUAAUCAUGGAAUCACGACUCCCACCACACGGAUAAGCGAAGCGGCAUUGAAGGAUAAGGCCAGCUAUAUUCGUCUUAAUCGGCUAGUGAGGGAGAAAAAUAGUCAAGUUGCAGAGUUACAGUAUGAAAUUGAGCGGCUUAAUGGGUUACUUCAUGACCUUCGUUCUCAACUCGAAUCAAAAACGAGUGCUAUGCGUGAACUCGAAAUAGAGGUGCGUAACGCAAGGGAACAUGCGGACGAUGCUCAAUAUCUAGGAAAAAUUGAAUUGGUCACCAAACAGCUGUCUGUUGUCCAGGCUGAAAACGAGGUUCUGAAGGAAGCGAAUGAGCGACUUGUAAAACAGUCACUAUCGAUGGAAUUUGAUGAGAGCAUGAAGGAACAGAUCGAGCUGAGAAAACAACUCACAUUACUUGAAGAAAAACUAAAAGAAGCCGAACAACGACGAGCAAAAACGGAGCAGAAAUUGAGAAAAGAACGGCGGACACUGAAAAAUCUCAAGGAAAGAGGUCUCACUACAAAAGGGGCGAUCUUGGUCCAGACGGAACAGCUGAAAAGCGAGGAAUCUAUCGAUGAGCUUGAAUCUGUUCCAGCGAAGAGAAGAGAAACCCGUAAAAGGAAGAAGAAGGGAUUAGACGAUGACGAUAUCCUUGAACGCCUCUAUCGGGAUGUGGCAGCGAUUUUGGAGACCCAUGACAACUAUGAUGACGGCAUAAUUGACGGAACAAUGGGACCAGCUGAGAAGCUGGCAAAGUGGAAAAAAAUGUACGCAUCACUUUACGAUGAAUUGGAAAAAUUACGAAAAAUGCUUCUUAUUCAGCAUGAUAUUAAUCAAAAACAGAACAGUGAGGAAACCGUGGCUGAAAUUUCCACGGAUCUCUCCAUUAUGUUCACAUCGCUCAGUUUGUCGGACGAGUAUGUGGCCGCCGUCGGAGCUUGUCCAGCGCACUUUUUAUCGUUGGAAUUUUUCGAUUUCGAACUACAAACCACUCCGAUCCUUACAAAACAAACAACACCGUUGGAUUUCACCACCAUUUACAAUGUGGUGGUGUCCAAUCUUUUCGUCCAUUACAUAGAAACGAACGGCAUCACUAUCGAGCUCUACACCCCACAAGGAACGAAUUACUCUUUACUCGCUGCUGGAGUGGUGAACUUAAAGCCGCUGCUACAGAAAGGAGCAAAGAGUCGCUUUGUUGGCGAAUUGAAGCUGAUCUCGCUUGAAUCAGGAUCUAUGAUAGCAACGUUGAAGUAUGAACUCAACACUACUGAGGAGCUAGCAAAAUCAAUAAUUAGCUACCAGAUGACUGAAGCCGCUCAAAAACUUCUUCCCAUAGAAAUACCAGCAGAUGAACAACCAUUUGAAGAACUUACAGUGAUGGUGCACCGGUGCACAGGCCCACUGGAAGUAUGUGUGAUCUAUGAGUUCUUCUCUUUUUCUCCGUAUUUCACAAAUUUUGUGACCUCAUCAAAAACCGCAGAGUUGAACUCAAAAAGGGAUUGGAGUGUUCCCGUUGAUGCAUUACAGUCCUACCUAGGAGAAACGGAAAUAACAUUCUUCCUGUUCGAAAAUCGCCCGGAGACCGGUGAAGAAAAGGACGGCGUAUUGGCAAUGUUAUCGUUACCGCUGGCUCCGUUAGCAGAAAAUAAACCGAUUAAAGGAUCCUUCAUGAUGGUGAAGUCCGAUGGAAACGAUAGCGGAGCUUAUCUGGAUGUGACGAUCAUGUGGAAGCACGGAUUGACUCAUAUUCCAUCUAAACCCACCACCACACAUCUACCAUCGGAGCCAAAAGAUGAACCAAAACAGAUCAAAGAAUCCAAGAAAGAAAAUCCACCGGAUCUUGUGCGACCGUCCGUCCUUCCGCAGGAAUCGGUCGAUAUAAUUCGGAAGGACAGCUCUUCUCCCGAUGAUAAUUAUUCACCAAUUUUUGUAGUGAGUCCUAAGAUCCCUUCGAUCACUGAAGUGAUCCGCAGGGCUGAUCCGAGUUCGGGAGGAUUAGAAACGAUAUCCUUGAAAGGUCCGUCAAGGGUUCCAGAUGCUACCGCUACCAAGGAUGCAGUUGUAGAAGAAAAAGAAGAAGAUAAGUCAUCCUCGUCGUCGUCGGCGUCAAGCGUGGCGUCUCAAACAGCGCCGCUUCCCAACGCACCUCCACUCAGUGCGACCGGGACACAGGAAAGCACGGAAUCGCAAUCGGAACCCACCAUAAAUGUAGUGCAAGUUGAUGCAGGAAGUCGUGACUCUGACCUGCUUCCUGUAGAGACUCCGUCAAAAAUGGAAAAAGACAAGAACGAGAUACGGAGUCUACUAGGAGUUUUGCCUCCAAUCGCUAAACCAAGGCUUUCAAAGCCUCCAACGGAUUUUUCGAAUUUCUCCCAUAUAAGCAGGCCAGAUGCUAAGCAAGACAGUAGAGAAUCGUCGAGAAGUAAGACGAGCUCGGAAAAUGAUGAUCAAUUCAAGGAUCGCGAACGGACGGUCUUCUUCACGGAUCCGCUUCAUAAGUCUAUUCCUCCCAGCGAAACGUCUUCCGUGUCCUCUCCACCUCCUAAGCCUCCCGUACGACUUCCUGCUUUAGGUGGUAGAAGUGUGAUAAGGGUGAAAAACGUGGAACAAGAGGACGAUUCGGAUGUGGAUGAAAGUCGGACUGUGUCGAUUUUCAUCGACAGAAUCUACAUUCCUGAAUUCUCUCGUCUACUGGAUCCAGCCUUUGAUAAAGUUAAAGUAUAUGUGGAUUGGUUCUUCUUGGAUUAUCCAUUAGAAGAAUCCAGAACACCAGAGGCAAUUGAACUUCCUCGCAUACCUGAUUCUCCUGGGAUAUUUUCCUACAAAAAAAGUUUGAAAGAUGUCAUAGAUAUUACUAUAGAUUGUUUGUUAAAUGAUUUUUUUUUCAAAGAUUUUCAACUAUCCAAACGACGUGUGGCCCUGUUGGAACAAUGGCUUGAGUUGGGUAACCGUCUCGAUUUCACUCUGAUCACCGAAGGAGAAGACAGUGAGGAGUUGGCUGUGGCACAGUUGGAACUUAGUCGAACUGCCACGGAUGAAACGACCACCAUCCAGUUUCUGGACAUCAACGGCGAACACUACGCGGACCUAGAUCUCAUCAUCUCCUAUUCACCGCAGAUUUUCGACUGUUUAAAGAGCUGA